AAAACCAAAGGAACAAAAGAACAAAAUCGGAACAAAGGCGAACUCUUCUCCUUCGUGCGUGCUCGUCGCUCCUCUCGUCGGCUGAAGCUUCGUUCUUCCUUUUCCGGCGUCUCUCCCAUCUCUCCGGCGGCUCCCACUCGGCUGACUCUCCGGCGACUCCUCACCCGGCGACUCCAGGUACGUUUCUGGUGCUCCUCCUUCUCCGGUCAGCGUUGCUCCCCCUUCGGCGCGACAGAUCUGGGACGGCUCGCUCGAGCCUCGAGCGAGCGUUGCUCGCCCAGAUCUGCGGUAGAGCAAGGAGACGAACUCGAGCUCCGGUUCUGCUUCCCCCCCUCAGAGGCUGGUCAUGGCGGAGAAGGGAGGGAAGGGGCAUUCGCUGCCCGGCAAAGCGGCCAAGUCCUCGCUCAAGUCCACCACUCCCAACGGAGCGUCCGCGAAGGGCAAGGACGAUGGUUCUGGGAAACCCAAGAAGGGGAGGAAGGUUCAGUUUGAUUCCGAAGGUCUCGGGGAUGGAAUUUUCGGGUUUUCAUCUGGCACCAAAGCAGACAGCUUGUUGAAAAUGUCCGUCUCCGAAUUCAUCAUUUUCGGGCUGUUUCUGUGGAUUUAUUGCUUGGCAGUUCCAUGUGGCUUCGGUUGCUUGCGAUGUGUUAUUUGCUACUUACUGCGUGCUGAUUAUUUUGUCCUGGCAAUCUGUGUAUUUUCCUUAGUGAAUUUGGGCAAAGGAGGGAAAGGAGAUAAGACUGGCAGGGCUGCCAAAAGUUCCGCUCCCAAAGAACAGCCUCCUCUGGAGCUCAGAGUUGAGCAGGAACUCCCAAAACAUGCCAAAUGUCUGAUGGACUGUGAAGCUGCUGAAAUCUUACAAGGAAUCCAGGAGCAAAUGGUUGUAUUGUCUGAGGAUCCAACGGCCAAAAUUCCUGUGUAAGGAGUACAUUCUCGUGGGUCUCUACUUUAUGAACAUCGGUAGGAUGUAUCAAGCCCUUCUGGCUUCAGGAGACCUCAAGUCUGCAAGGAUUGUGCUGAGCAAAAUGCCCAAGGACGAUCCCCACGUGCGCCUCAUCAUCCAAGAAUCCCAAACGGUGUAUGCCAAGAUGGCAUCUGAGAAAAAGACGGAGAAAAACCGGAAAACAAAGGGAAUAAAGCAUAAAAAGUCGAAGGCGAAAAAGUAAGUGUGAGGGCUAACUGCAUUCCUGUUCGAGUACUUUGUAGUUCCUAGGUCAAUAGCCUCUUGUACAUGUUUGCCUUGAUGUUGUUUUUAGCGUAGCAUCAUCAUCCUCCAACGCUCUUGUGACAAAUUUUCACGGGAUUCCCCCGUUCAUCUAACCUAAUGGUUACUAAUAUAUCAAAAUGCUGGGAAUAGUAGCAUGAGAAAUCUUUAACUUCUUCCA